CCUGUCAGGUAUGGCUAAUUACCGUUGGAAGGUCCCGGAUACAGUGUCACAACAACGCUUCCCCAGAUGAUUCGGCGCCGCGGUAUAGACCAAACGAUUCGAAUAUACAUGAUGUUCGGUAAGAUAAGGUGCCCGCAAUUCGGUUUCAAUAAGAUGGGAAGGAAUCCGUGUGGUCUUCAUUGAUCAUCGGUCGUUCGACAUUCAUUGAAACUACAUAUCCCUCGCUUUCUCCGUCACCAUGCUCGUCAAGAACAUCUUCCCGUUGCUGGCACUCGCCAGCAUUGUUGCGGCCAGCCCGUCUCGCCCUACGCCUCCAGAGAAGAACAUGCGACUGGUUAAGAUAUCUGAGGAUGACGCCGGAACUUGGGUGACCGAGGACGAGAAGUUCGAUAAGUUCAUCUCGAAACACAUUCACUUUGUCGACAUCACCGAGACUUGGGAACUGGAAGAGCUCGGUGCUGCAAGGAAGAUCGGGAAGCGACAGAAUAGCUUUCCGUCAGGUCCUACUCACCAGAGUGUGGCAGCUCCGUUGAUUUCCGCGUUGUCGACAAAAAACUUGCAGAGUUGGGCGACGACCUUAACAAACUACUACAAUCGGUACUACAAAUCCACCUAUGGAACACAGGCCGGAACGUGGAUGUACAACACCGUCGUCAGCGUCGCCGCCAGCAAUCCUCUGAUCACUGUCUCGAAAUUCACCCACAGCUACUCGCAGCCAUCCGUGAUUGCGAAGAUUUCUGGAACAUCUGGCUCCGUCGUGGUCGUUUCCGCACACUUUGACUCCAUCGGCAGUACCAUCAGUGGUAGAGCUCCAGGAGCAGAUGAUAAUGCUUCCGGGAUUGUCACCAUUCUAGAAGCCCUUCGGGUUCUCGCUACCGCCAAGUAUAAGCCCUUCAAUACGUUGGAAUUCCACUUCUACAGCGGCGAAGAAGGCGGGUUGUUGGGUUCGCGGGACAUCAUGAAUAAUUAUGUCAAAAACAACGUCGACGUUCUUGCGAUUAUGAAUCAGGACAUGACUGGCUAUAGUCCCAACAAUGUUAUCGCGAUCUACACCGACUUCGUCAGCACGCCUCUCACGAACUUCCUAAAAACCCUCGUCCCCGUGUACACCCAGUUACCGCUCGUCACCGACCAGUGCGGAUACGCAUGUAGCGACCACGGAUCGGCCAACUCGGCGGGAUUCCCGGCUGCCUACGUGUGCGAUGAGAACAUGCAGGACGCUUCGCCCUACAUUCACUCGGCUCAGGAUACCUAUGCCACCCUGAACUUUGCUCACAUUCUUCAGCAUGUGAAGUUCACGAUCGGCUUCCUCGUCGAGGCUUCGUAUUUCUAGGUUGGAGGCGGAUAUUCCUUGAGGGAUAUAUUUGUAGAUAUAGGAUAGAUGCCGAAUGGUCGUGGAAAUAUGUGAAAAUCACGGGAAUUUGCACUUCUAGUGGAAAGUGUGUCUUGAACCAUCAGAACCACAAUACAAUGCGUUAAACGCUUUCUUAGAACCUGG